CGCCGAUUCCUGUGUCAGCCUGUCUGAAUGCCGUCUCCCAUUGAGGAAUACUGAGCUACUGAACUGGAUCUUUUUACCUCCUUUGGGCUUUCUUUUUUCCACACGUCUUACACGGCCGAGAAGGUGAAUUUAUUUCCAUCGCACAGAUCGCAUCCCCCAUGGUGUGGGAUAAGCUAUAUUUCCACCCUGGUGUCAUACAGUUUUGCGCCAUUGCCAUGAGGAAGAUCGGCUAACGUCCCACAUCCUGCUCUUUGGCCCAUUCCAUGUCUGAGAACAGCGACCUUCAGCCUUACCUCUACUCAACCCUGGACAGCCGGGAGCGCUCCCGUGAAAGGGUCGGCCUUCAGGUGGAGGAAGCGGAGAUCUCUCCCUGCUCCGCCAUCAGCCAACUUCACCGCAUGGCCAGCAGUUAUAACGAAAGUUGCGGGAGACGGGACGGAGGGGAUCUGGAACCGGAGCUUGGUUUAGCCUCGGAAGGGAGCGACAGCAGCCACGAGCACCCCGCCUCACCUAGUUCCCCCCACGAUGAGAGAAAGCGGACCUGCUUACACGAAGAUGUAGAGAUGGCCGGUUCUAGCGGGAGUGGGACAGAAUCUCAUGGCAACGAAUCUCAUGGAAAUGACUCCCACGGCAACGAAUCUGUGGGCAGCUCCAAUGGAAAUGGGAAGGAUUCCGCUCUCAUGGAGUCGUCAGGAAGCAACAAGAGCUCCAACUCUCACAGCCCCUCACCGCCAAGCAGCUCCAAUGCCUUCAGUCUGGUGAGCUCAGAGCAGGACAACCCUUCCACUAGUGGUUGCAGCAGCGAACAGUCGGCCAAAGCGAAGACACAGAAGGAGCUCUUCAAGACUCUCAAGGACCUCAAGAUGCAUUUGCCCUUGGAAAAGAGGAGCAAGGGCAAGUCCACCACCGUCAACACGCUCAAAUAUGCACUGCGGUGUGUCAAGCAGGUGAAAGCCAAUGAGGAGUAUUAUCAAAUGCUGAUGAUUAAUGACAGUCAACCACCUGGCUUUGAAGUGUCUUCUUACACCAUUGAGGAAAUCAACAGCAUCACUUCUGAGUACACCCUCAAAAACACCGAUAUAUUUGCUGUGGCCGUUUCGCUCAUCACAGGGAAGAUAGUUUACAUUUCGGAUCAGGCAGCGUCCAUCUUAAACUGCAAACGGGAAGUGUUCAACAAUGCCAAGUUUGUGGAAUUCUUGACGCCGCAGGACGUCAGCGUGUUCUACAGCUUUACCACACCGUACCGCUUGCCCUCAUGGAGCAUGUGCACCGGAGCAGAGUCCUCUCCCACGGAGUGCAUGCAGGAGAAAUCCUUCUUUUGCCGCAUCAGCGGUGGAAAGGAGCAUGACGGGGAUCUGCAGUACUACCCUUUCCGCAUGACUCCUUACCUGAUGAAAGUCCAAGAUGCUGAGCUGUCUGAGGAGCAGUUCUGCUGCCUCCUGCUGGCAGAGAGGGUGCACUCUGGUUAUGAAGCACCCAGAAUCCCCCCUGACAAGCGCAUUUUCACCACCACACACACACCUAACUGUGUUUUCCAGGAUGUGGAUGAGAGAGCUGUUCCACUCUUGGGAUACCUACCCCAAGACUUGAUUGGGACUCCGGUGCUGCUCAAUCUGCACCCAAGUGACAGACCCCUCAUGCUGGCUGUGCAUCGCAAGAUUCUUCAGUAUGCGGGUCAACCAUUUGACCACUCCUCGAUUCGCUUCUGUGCGAGGAAUGGGGAAUACAUCACCCUCGAUACCAGCUGGUCCAGCUUCGUUAACCCCUGGAGCCGCAAGGUCUCCUUUGUCAUUGGCCGACACAAAGUCCGUAUGGGUCCCGUGAACGAAGAUGUUUUUGCAUCAGCUUUCAAUGAAGGGAAAAUGAUGGACUCGGACAUCCAAGAAAUUAGUGAACAGAUCCACAGGCUACUACUACAACCGGUCCACAACAUGGGCUCCAGUGGCUAUGGCAGCCAUGGUAGCAAUGGCUCACACGAACAACUGGUGAGCAUCAGCUCGUCCAGCGAAAGCAACGGGAACAUCAUGGUGGGAAACACAGCGGAGGAGACCAGCAAAGCCAAGCCCACCAGGACGUUCCAGGAGAUUUGUAAGGGAGUUCACAUGCUGAAGAACCAGGACUCCCUGCGCUCGCCUCCACCCUCGCCUGCUCCGUCGCCAUCCAAACCAGACCAAAAGAGGACAGCUGAUGCCUCUCAGAAGAGCUCAGUGGCCCGUUUGAAAGACUCAGCGCCCCCUCUGCAGGCCAGAGACAGUAAUGCAGCCAGCAUGGAAGACUUUACCUGCAAAGACCAGACCGUCUGCUCCUACCAGCAGAUUAGCUGCCUUGACAGUGUCAUCCGUUACCUGGAGAGUUGUAACAUCCCCAUCACAAUAAAGAGGAAAUACCAGUUUUCUUCAAAUGCCACCUCCACCAACUCAGAUGAUGACAAGAAAUGUACUGAGAACAAUGUCCAAGUGCCUGAUGGGUCAAAUACAGAUUCUUUAAUGCUCCAAGGCCAGCCUGGACUUUCAAAUAUGAAAGCACCAAAGAAACCUCCGUCGGGGGCAGCUGUGGUGGGUGCCCCCCUGGGACCGCUUCCUUUACCAAGCAAGGCUGAAAGCGUUGUAUCGAUCACAUCACAGUGUAGCUACAGCAGCACAAUCGUACACGUAGGAGACAAGAAGCCUCAGCCAGAGUCUGAAAUAAUCGAGGAUGUAGCCGAGAGCCCCGCACCACCCGCUCCGCCCAUCAGCGUGGUGUCGCCGCUUAGCCAGGAGAAGGAAGCCUAUAAGAGACUGGGACUGACCAAGCAGGUGCUGGCAGCCCACACGCAGAAGGAGGAGCAGGCCUUCCUAAACCGCUGCAGAGAGCUCCGUAAUGCCAGGACUUUUCAGAAGGACUGUUCCACGCAUCUCCAUAAGCAGAAGGGUCCAGCCAGUCCUGAAGAACAUGCUGGACUUCGAGGCGCUGCCAAACAGGGCACCACCAGGCCAGAGACUGUUGCCAAGAAGGGAAACCGCAACAGGAAGUCCAAAAAGCCACGCAUGAAGCAUCCUGAUUCCUCAGACAGCGCCGUGUCAAACCGCAAACCCCGCCCACCUCUCCAGGGCCUCAACCAAACGUCAUGGUCCCCAUCGGAAGCGUCCCUGUCGGCUUUCAAUGUGUCCUACCCCGCCAUGGUGUCUCCAUACCAGCUCUACCCCCCAGCACCCGCUGCCGCUCCCGCUCAGGUCGCUCAUCCCGACCCCUCCCUUUCCACGGGCUUCGUGGAGGGCCAGAGCGCUCAAGUUCCUCCCGCCGCCGCUCCCUUUCCCUCUCCCAUCGUUACGCCCGUGGUGGCUUUGGUGCUGCCGAAUUACAUCUUCCCUCAAAUUGGACAGUUGGGCCAGAUGGGGGCCGCUCCCAGACCAGCCUUUUUCCCGGAGCAGGCACAGACGCAACCUCAGUUCAACGCCCAGCAACCCUUUCAGCCCCCACAGCCAGCAUACGCCAUGCAAACUCAGCCCCCCUUCACCAGCCAGCAGAUUUUCCCCGUGCCGACCGCCUUCCCGUCCCAGCCACCCUUCCAGGCUCGCCCGACCGCCUUCACCCCCCAGCCUUCUUUUUCAGUGCAGACUCCGUUUGUGGCUCAAGCUCCCUACCCCGCUCAGCCCUUCACAUACAGCCUAAACACGCAGCCCCCCAAAGCCACGGCUGGAGAACCCCGGGAGGGGGCGGCUUCUCGCUCCUCCACCCCCGCGUCGGGCGCACGGGAGCGCACCACAUCGCCAACUCUGUUUGAGUCGCGGUGCAGCUCCCCUCUUCAGCUCAAUCUGCUCAGCAUGGAGGAGGGCCAGCGCUCAGUGGAACGGCAGGACAGCACAGCGCUCUCUGUCGGGGUCCAGGGCUCCAGCAUGGUGGCCGGUACUGUUGCUGCAGGAGCUGGAGGAGCUGCAGGAGCUGCAGGAGAGAAGAGCGCCACUGUUUCAGCCAAGGCUGACAAUCUUCAACAGGUGGAGUCUCCAGAAGAUGGUGCUCACAGUGACGGUCAUUCCUCAUCCUGUGACCUGCUGGAUAUCUUGCUCCAAGAGCAGGAGGACUCCCACUCUGGCACGGGCUCUGCAACCUCUGGCUCCAUGGGAUCAGGCUCCGGCUCCGGGUCCGGCUCCGGCUCUCGCUCUGACUCCGCUUGCAAUGGCUGCGGUACCUCGGCUAGCGGAGCCUCGGGCAGCAGAACAGGGAGCAGCAACACAAGCAAAUACUUUGGAAGUGUCGACUCCUUGGAACACGACCCCAAAAUCAAGACCAAGGCCAAAGUCAAAACGAGAGGUGAAGGAGACUCUGACGGAGGCCAAUCGCAGGCCAAGAUGUCCGCCAUCAAAUAUGUUCUCCAGGAGCCUCUUUGGCUGCUGAUGGCCAACGCUGAUGACAAGGUCAUGAUGACCUAUCAAAUGCCAUCCAGAGACAUUCAGAAGGUUUUACGAGAAGACAAGGAAAGGCUGAGGCAAAUGCAGAAGAGUCAACCUCACUUCUCCUCAGACCAGCGGAGAGAGCUGCUGGAGGAACACCCGUGGAUGAGAAGAGGAGGUCUACCAGCUGCUAUCAAUGUAAAGGAGUGCCUGUACUGCAAAGAUGCCGCAGAUGCCCCCAUCGAAGACACCCUGCCCGACAUGGACAUGGGCGAGCUGGGGGAGGAGCUGAGCCAAGAGUGCGAGAACGCUCAGAGCCAAUCAGAGGAAUUGCAAACCAAAUUGGAUCCUGGCCCCUGAACAGUAGAACAACCAGCAGGGGGACUCGCUGGACCAGCCACGGAUCCUUACACACGCGUGUAGAUAGUAUGUACAAAAGGACCUUGUGCCUGGCCAUCCUCGACAGCACUUUUAAACACACGUGAACUGGAGCAGCGAUGACGGCACCGUAAUGCAAGGCCUUUUGUGGUGUACAUUGAACAGCGGACUCACACCAGCAACGUCAAACUCACACAAUGUGAAAACAAAUCGUAGUCGUUCUCUUCUUUCAAAUAUUGAACCCGUUAUCUUUGUUUUUCCAUAUGUUAUCCCUUUUGUUUCCUCAUCAGGGUUUUGUUGGCUUGGUGCUGACAAGAUGUUGUCAACAGGGACCUACGCUUGUAAAGCCUCUUUUUUUUUUUUUUUGCAUAAAUGUACUUGUUGGACCACAGCAUAUUUUAUAUUCAGGCAUAGCACUUGAAGAGUUGAACACGCAUAACUCAUAAACUAAGAAAAAUGACAAGACACAUACAGUUUGACUGUAACUCGCCUCAGCAGCGACAAUCUGAUACAUAAAGACAUUCACUUCACAAACUAACCUUAUUUAUUUUCAGUUCAUGUAUUAUACACAGAUGUUUUAUUACGCCACAGCCAAAUGUGUUUAAAGAAAGUUAUAUGGAUAUAUAUUAUAACAGUAUAUAUUACAUUUGAAGGUCACUUUCGUAUGAGAACUUUAAAGCGGAGUAUUUAGCCUCCGCAUAAAGGUCUUUGCUUACUGCACAGCAGAAGAACUUCUAUGAAGAAGCGGGCGACUUUACUGAUUGUGGAAAUCAUUUUCAAAGAAUGUUAAUUCCAUAUAAAUUGCCAUAUAUUGUAAUAAAUGUGGAGAUGUCUUCACACGGUCAUGGUCUAUCACAAAGACACACACGAAGAAUGGAUAUAUCUGUCCAUUCCUGAUUACAGAGUAAUUAAUGUAGCUUAUAAGGGGACCACAGGAAAGAAACGCAGACAUCCUCAUCAAUCAAAACCCCGAGUAUGAACUUUGGAAAGAGCUCAGGUGCAAUGAGAGACACCCUGCUGGGGCAAGGCUUGAGAAUGUAUGCCAGACUGGACCAAGGAUAUCUAUCUACUAGCUUUUCCCCUCUGGCUCACUUUCAUAUUCUUUUUCUCUGUUCUAUUUUUUGUGUGUUGUAUUUUAUUUGAUGAAAAGCAUUUAAAUGUGGCGGACGCCAGAGGGACUAUCCCGUGUCAUGUUACUGUGAGCAGUGAUUAAAACAAGUGUUGGUGUGCUGGUCAACAUGUGACUUUUCCAUUGAGUGAUGGACACGGUUUGGUGACUCCCAUCAAAUGACUCACCUGAAGCCAUCACAGAUGCUCUUGCAGGAGGCACCCCGACGCUCAUUAGUGUAUUACAUUUAUUAAUACACUAUUAUUACGCAUUGAGAAUGCAAAUUUGACUUAUUUAUGAUCAACAGGAAUUGGUGCCGAAUGGAAGACGCGGAAGAGUUAUACGCCUUAGUGUUUGUCAAAACCAAGGAAGUCCAUGUUAAAUCAAUGACCCACUGCAACUGUAAAUGCAUACACACCGUACUGGCACAUAAUAUAUAUGUACAUGUACAUUUGUUUCAUUGCCGCUCUAUGAAUCUCAUAUAAUUACAGUGCAGUUAUGUGCAUUUUUGUAGGUAAAAAAUGUGUUUGAAACUGUUGUAAUAAAAUUACACAAGCUGUAAA